UUCAUUAACCACUGCGCCACGAAGGGAACUCCAAAGAUGUAUUUUAAAAUAUGAUCCAUACACAUGAUUUAUCAGGUAAGCUUAUAUAUUUUUGAAUUAGGCAGCUAUCCCCAAAUACACAGUUUGGCUUUCGCAGAUCUAUCCAAAUACUGCCUCUUUGUAACAAUUCAUUUCUUUCCACUGCUUAAGUAUAAUUUCCUGCUCUCUGUCUCACAAUAUCUUCAACAUAUAAUUCAUUUCUAUUCACUUUAGAAUACUAUGCCAGCUUUCUAAUUGCCUAGACUCUUUCCUAUGAUUCCAAAAAUGCUAAAUUAAUGUUCUCAGGGGACUAAGUGUUAUUUGCAAUACAUUCCAUUACUAUGAUAGACCUGCCUUGUUUCUGAAUUGCAGGGAUGGGGUAGUAAAGACAAGAUUCAGUCUCCCUUUAAAGUUCUCCAACCAACACCCAUUUGCAAUGAGAGAACAUUUAACUACAUGUUCUUUUUAUGUUUGUGGAUGUUGCUGUCAGCCUGCAAUUUUUGCAUGAGAAAACUAUACCUGUUCUAAGCCCAGAACAACAAAGGGGAAGAGACACGAAAAGGGGGAAAUGAUUUUCAGAAAUAUCCAGAUGCUGCUUUGGUCUUUUCCUCCUAUAUUCUCAGGUUUCCAAUUUCAAUUUCUCUUCAAUAAAUAUUUAUGAGGGUUUAAAAGGUGUUCCCUAUCCAUGUUAUGUCCUUUUUUAUCAGUAGAAAUGCCAUGAGGUGUGAACACACUCUAUUUUGGUUAUUUAAAAUAAUUUAGUUAAUGUUAUACAUACUGGUUUGACUGUAUAUUGAGUUAAGAAGAUGCUAAAAUGUAGAAACAAAUAUACUAGUGAAAUCAAAGUUUCUUUGUCUUUGUUUUAUUUCUUAGAGCAUCUUUAAAAUUGAAGAACGCAUCUCAAAUACAGGACUUCUUAAGGAGGAAAGCAUGAGCCACCAGAAUUAAGGAUUGAGCGUUCCAUUAUUCUAUAUUUUUCCCUACACAAUAUUUAGGCCUGGUGCCUUUCCACAGUGUCCUCUGCUCAAAGUCUGUCCUUGAUGUUGAUUCUGUAGUGGACAUGUAUGUGUGUCAGUAUAUGUAAUUUUGCUUUUACAAUGUUGGCAGUAAGAAGAAGCCUACUAAUUUUAUUCAGCAUGAUGACAGGCCCUAGCAUUUUAAUUAUUUUUCAUGUUGUGAGUAAUUUAUUAUUCAUUGGGUAUCUUCCCUGUAAAUCUUGUCCUCACUCUGUAAGAUUUUUCUUUGGUGUCCAACAAAGGGUUUCAUUGCAAUAAGAAUCAAGGUGUGUCUAUGCUUUUACCCAGAGCCCAAGAAAUGCCAGUCUUCCUGACCAGUCCAGGAGUUUGGGGUGGGGAAACAGAGUCAUUAUAGAACGUCUUCAUUCCUCUGCCUAGAGAGCAGCAGAGGCCCAGGCCCUCCUUAGAAGGGCACCUCGAAGCACAUCUUGCUGCAGAGCUGAAUUCAGGACUCAGGGGACCAGGACUAAAAUCAAGCCUUACUGGAGUUCCUGUGCAAGAGAGACCUGGAGGAAUGGAUUGGCUCCUUUUCAGGAACAUUUGCCUUUUGAUCAUUUUAAUGGUGGUGCUGGAAGUAAACAGUGAAUUUAUUGUUGAGGUCAAAGAAUUAGACAUGGAGAAUGGCACCACAAAAUGGCAAACCGUCAGAAGACAGAAGCGAGAGUGGAUCAAGUUUGCUGCGGCCUGUAGAGAAGGAGAAGAUAACUCUAAGAGGAAUCCUAUUGCCAAAAUUCGAUCAGACUGUGAAGUGAGUCAGAAGAUUACAUACCGCAUCUCUGGGGCAGGAAUUGAUCGACCACCAUAUGGCGUAUUCACCAUUAAUCCUAGAACUGGAGAAAUUAACAUCACUUCAGUGGUGGACAGAGAGAUAACACCACUUUUCUUGAUCUAUUGUCGGGCUGUAAAUUCAAGGGGUGAAGAUUUAGAAAGGCCUCUUGAGCUUAGAGUCAAAGUUAUGGACAUAAACGAUAACCCCCCAGUUUUUACACAAAAUGUGUAUGCAGCCAGCAUCGAAGAAAACAGUGAAGCAAACACCCUGGUAGUGAAAUUAAGUGCCACAGAUGCAGAUGAAGAGAAUCAUCUGAAUUCUAAAAUUGCCUAUAAGAUCAUCUCUCAGGAGCCGGCAGGUGCACCAAUGUUCAUCCUGAACAGGUACACCGGCGAAGUGCGCACAAUGUCCAGUUUCCUUGACAGAGAGCAACACAGCACGUACAACCUCCUCGUGAGGGGCUCAGAUCGGGAUGGAGCUACAGACGGACUGUCUUCCGAGUGUGACUGCAGAAUCAAGGUUUUAGACGUCAACGAUAACUUCCCCAUUUUGGAAAAAACUUUUUACUCAGCCAGUAUUGAAGAGAAUUGUUUAAGUUCGGAACUGAUACGAUUCCAAGCAAUUGAUCUUGACGAAGAAGGCACUGACAACUGGUUGGCAAAAUAUGUAAUUCUGUCUGGAAACGAUGGGAAUUGGUUUGAUAUUCAAACUGACCCACGAACCAAUGAAGGAAUUCUGAAAGUCGUUAAGGUGCUGGAUUAUGAACAAGUGCCUAAUAUUCACCUUAGUAUUGGAGUUAAAAACCAAGCUGAAUUUCACCACUCAGUUGCUUCUCAGUUCCGAAUGCACUCGACCCCUGUGAAAAUUCAAGUUGUUAAUGUGAGAGAAGGACCCGCAUUUCAUCCAAAUUCUAUGACUUUCAGUGUGAGGGAAGGAAUGAGAGGAAAUUCCUUAUUGAAUUAUGUGCUUGGUACAUACACGGCUAUAGAUCUGGAUACAGGAAAUCCUGCAACAAAUGUCAGGUAUAUCAUAGGACAUGAUGCAGGCAACUGGUUAAAAGUAGAUUCAAGGACUGGUGAGAUACAAUUUUCUAGGGAAUUUGAUAAGAAGUCAAAAUAUAUAACCAAUGGGAUAUACACAGCAGAGAUCCUGGCUAUAGAUGAUGGCACUGGGAAAACGGCCACAGGAACCAUAUGCAUCGAAGUGCCUGAUGUCAAUGACUACUGUCCAGUCAUUGUUGCUGAAAGGGAAACUAUCUGCAUUACUUCUCCUUCCAUCCUUAUCUCUGCAACAGGCGUUACUGAUCACUCUUAUGGGGCUCCCUUUACCUUCUGUGUUGUUGAUCAGCCCCCAGGGACAGCUGACAGUUGGGAUAUCAGAUCAAUAAAUGCUACCUCUGCAAUCCUGACAGCUGAGCAGGUUUUAUAUCCCUUAGAUUAUGAAAUCCCAAUCCUGGUGAAGGACAGUUUUAACAGAGCAUGCGAAUUGCCACAGAUUGUGGCGUUAAAGGCCUGCGAUUGCGACAGCAACCACGUGUGCUUGUACCUGGGUACCACGGGCAUCCACACUGGGGACGGCAGCUCUGUUACCAGUGUGUCUGUCACUGAUGAUCAAACUGGGACUUCAAAUGUUGGACUUGGACCCACAGGGAUGGGCAUGAUUGCUCUGGGCCUCUUACUACUGCUUUUGUCACCACUCUUGCUGCUCAUGUGUUGCUGCAAACGAAAACAGCCAGAAGGGCUGGGGACAAGGUUUGCUCCUGUGCCAGAGGGGGGAGAAGGAGUGAUACAGUCCUGGAGAAUAGAAGGGGCCCAUCCAGAGGACAGGGACAUGUCAAAUAUACGUGCACCAGUGACAGUGACAGCCUCUAAUACCCAGGAUCGUAUAGAUUCCUCUGAAAUCUACACUAACACCUAUGCAGGCGGAGGAACGGUUGAAGGGGGUGUGUCAGGAGUGGAACUCAAUACAGGUCUUGGGACAGCCGCUGGCUUAGUGGCUGGAGGAGCCGUGAGCACAGCCAGGAAGAGGAGCUCAACGCUAGGAACCCAGCGGGACUAUGCAGACAACAGCCUGAACCUGGCCUUCUUGGACAGCUACUUCUCAGAGAAAGCAUAUGCUUACGCAGAUGAAGAUGAAGGCCGGCCAGCAAACGACUGUUUGCUCAUUUAUGACCAUGAGGGAGCAGGGUCUCCUGUGGGCUCCAUUGGUUGUUGCAGUUGGAUUGUGGAUGAUUUAGACGAAAGCUACAUGGAAACGUUAGAUCCAAAAUUUAGGACUCUUGCCGAAAUCUGCUUAAACACAGAAAUUGAACCAUUUCCAUCACAGCUGGCGUGUAUACCUAUCAAUACCGACCUCCCUUUACUUGGACCAAAUUACUUUGUUAAUGAGUCUUCAGGAAUGAAUCUCUCAGAGGCUGAGUUCCAGGCAGAAAUGGCAGCACCUGAGCCCACAAUUCAUGGGGAUGUUGCAGUGACCGAGACUUACACUACGGCCGAUCCAUGCGUGCAACCCACUGCAAUUGUUUUUGAUCCUCAGCUUGCACCCAACAUUGUAGUAACGGAAACAGUAUUGGCACCUGUCUAUGAUGUUCAAGGGAAUAUUUGCGUACCUGCUGAGUUAGCCAACACACACAAUGUAAUCUAUGCUGAGAGAGUGCUGUCUAGUCCUGGUAUGACUGAUAUAAGCAAUAGUAGCAUGACCGAUGGUUGUGUAGGACCCACAAUGAGUGGCGGUAUUUUGGUAGGACCAGAAAUUCAAGUGAUGCAAAUGGUGAGUCCAGACAUUCACUUAAACCAAACCAUUGGUUCCACAUCCCCAAUGACAUCUCGACACAGAGUAACACAGUAUAGCAACAUACAUUAUUCCCAACAAUAAGUGCUUUACGGUCAGUAUUCUCCAUGGAGACCUUGCACCUUGUAAUCACCAGAAUACCAUCAAAGAUGUAUAUACAGUAUUUAACAUUUUAGCAGUCAACAAAUAUUUGAAAAUUCUAAUUCAAUGAGACUUUAGUUGUAUGUUUUGAGGGGAUAAAUAUGGCCAAACACUAAGGUAAACCUUAAAAAUUCUUCCUGAUUUUAAAUAACAUACAAAAAAAUUUGAUAUUUUUACAUAUUCUGAUACUGUCUAAUAAAUAGCACAUAACUCAUAAGGUGAAUCUUAGGGGUGACUGGGCUAGAGAACUGGUCAUGUAAACCAAGACAGCCUUGUUCUUGAAGGUUGCAAAAGAAGUCUUGUCUGCAUUCACCAGCCAUAUUUAUCCUUAAAGAAGUACUUCUUUUUGUUUGUUUGUUUUUUGUUUGUAUGUUUGUUUUGCUUUGCUUUUUAGGGCCACACCCGCACCAUA